CUAUAUAUUCCCCUCAACACUAAUCUCCUCUCCCGUCUCCACUCUCCACCCGCCACCGACCACCGUAGCUUGCCUGACCGGUGAUUGCUGAAGGCCACCAUUGAAGAGAAAUGAAAUUUGACGAUCCCUUUGAGGUCGAAGAGCCUAUUUCUCCGUACAGGGAUGCCAUUACUCUAGAUUGGGAUGAUGAGACCUCCCCAACUCGAUCAUCCUUUGACAUCGAGCAGCUUGUUAAAGAAUUAACGUCAAAGUCAAUGCCAAUGCCAUCUUCCUUUAUCAGUCAUGUCGAAUCAACCAUAUCUCGCGGAAGCGACGACGACAUCAUUGACCCCGAGAUCGAGAAACACUUCACUGCGGCAACCUCGAUAAAUCUUGCAUUUACUAAUGUUGCAUGGUCGGUAUUAUCGUUACUAACAUAUCUUAGCUUGCAGCUGAUUCAAUUCACGGCGUCGACUUUGAGACAAAUCAAAAUAUUAGAGUACAAAAUCAUUGAGAAGACAAAUGAAGGUUAUGUAGGUUUGGCCAAUAGGGACAGUGAGCUUGAGGAUCUAAAAAUCAAAAUUUCCGUUGCUGAGAAGGAACUCGUUGAACUUGAAAAGAAUGUUGUUUCAACUCUGGCCGACUACAAGUCAUCGUCGGGCUACCUGGAUGAAGCAGUUCAACACCCAUUCAUUCUGGCGCCUCAAAUUUUCAAAGAGCGCAACCGGGCCGAGUCUUUUUUCAAGCUGAUAUUGUCCACUGAGAUUGGGAGAGAGCUAGUGUUGAAAUACGGCAAGUGGGCCUACCAGACUGGACAAUACAAUAUGCAAAAUCGAAUCAUUUUGAACCUUACUAGGAACUUAUUACAUAAGUAUGACUUGAAGAGAGUGCUUGACAUUCUGCCUGAGAAGAUUCCUGAUCCUGGAAUGGCACCGGCACCAUUUUGCGAGACUGUUAGUCUUGAAGAAAUCUCGGAGACGGAAACCCAGGAGAGUGAAAUCGUCCGCUUAAAUGUUGACCGAACGAGAACUAAGUUAUUAAUUUUAAAAAAUUCAGUUGUUUGGUGUUUGAUGUUGUGUGCGCGUGGAUGUGUGUAUGUAUGUAUGUAUGUAUGUGUGUGCGUAGGGAAGGGUUUAGGUGCAGGAUCGAGUAAAAAAUGGGGUUAGACGAUCUAAGCCAUUGAUCAAAUUUAGAUCAAUGGUUCAAAUCAUUGAAAAUUAAAAUUAAAAAAAAUGCGU